AUGGCUCUCAAGGGACUCAGGGCCAGGAAGAGACUCUGGUGGCCGCGGCUGCUCCUCCUGUCUGCAUUAGGCUUCUUAGGCCUGCUCCUGUACAGGACUGCCGUGGUCAGGCAACUGGAAGUCUUCAUUCCCAUGGGUGUUUGCCCUUCAGCCAUAAUGCCCCUGGUGAGAGACAACUUCACAGGUGUCCUGCGCCACUGGGCCCGGCCUGAAGUCCUGACCUGUACUUCCUGGGGAGCCCCCAUUAUUUGGGAUGGCACCUUUGAACCAGAUGUAGCCCAGCAAGAGGCUAGACGGCAGAACCUCACCAUUGGGCUGACUGUCUUUGCUGUGGGCAGGUACCUAGAGAAGUACCUGGAGAGCUUCCUGAAGACGGCCGAGCAGCACUUCAUGGUGGGCCAGCGCGUGGUGUACUACGUGUUCACCGACAGGCCGGCCGCGGUGCCCGGCGUGGAGCUGGGGCCCGGCCGGCGGCUGCGCGUGGAGCCCGUGGCGCGCGAGCCGCGGUGGCAGGACGUGUCGAUGGCGCGCAUGCGCACGCUGCACGAGGCGCUGGCCGGGCGGCUGGGCCGCGAGGCGGACUUCGUCUUCUGCUUGGACGUGGACCAGCGCUUCGUGGGCGACUUCGGGCCCGAGGCGCUGGCCGACCUGGUGGCGCAGCUGCACGCGUGGCACUACCGCUGGCCGAGGUGGCUGCUGCCCUACGAGCGCGACCGGCGCUCGGCCGCGGCGCUGCGGCCCGGCGAGGGCGACUUCUACUACCACGCGGCGCUGUUCGGCGGGCGCGUGGCGGCCCUGCGCGCGCUCACGGCGCACUGCGCGCGCGGCCAGCGGCGGGACCGCGAGCGCGGCGUCGAGGCGCUCUGGCACGACGAGAGCCACCUCAACCAGUUCCUGUGGCGCCACAAGCCCACCAAGUUGCUGUCGCCCGAGUUCUGCUGGGCCCCGGAAGUCGGCCGGAGGAUGGAGAUCCGCCGCCCGCGCCUGCUCUGGGCGCCCAAGGAAUACGCGCUGGUGCGAGCCUAG